AUUUUGACACAGAGUAUCUCUCUCUCUGCUUGACUUCUACAAGCCAUGUGGCUCUACCUGGUGGCACUGGUGGGCCUGUGGACGCUUCUGCGCUUCUUCAGGGUGAGGCAGGUGGUGAGCCAUCUCCAAGACAAAUAUGUCUUCAUCACGGGCUGUGACUCUGGCUUUGGGACCCUGCUGGCCAGACAGCUGGACAGGAGAGGCAUGAGGGUGCUGGCUGCAUGUCUGACGGAGAAGGGAGCCGAGGAGCUGAGGAACAAGACAUCUGACAGGCUGGAGACAGUGAUCCUGGAUGUCACCAAGACAGAGAGUAUUGUGACAGCCACUCAGUGGGUGAAGGAGCAUGUUGGGAACAGAGGACUCUGGGGCCUGGUCAACAACGCUGGCAUCUCCACCCCCUCGGGUCCCAACGAGUGGAUGAAAAAGCAGGACUUUGCACAUGUACUGGAUGUGAACCUGUUGGGCAUGAUCGAGGUGACUCUGAGCAUGCUGCCUUUAGUGAGGAAGGCGAGGGGUCGUGUGGUCAACGUCUCCAGUGUCAUGGGUCGAGUGUCUCUCUUUGGUGGUGGUUACUGCAUCUCUAAGUAUGGUGUAGAGGCCUUCUCAGACUCCCUCAGGAGGGAGCUCUCCUACUUUGGGGUGAAGGUGGCUAUUAUAGAGCCUGGCUUCUUCCUGACCGGUGUGACCAGUAGUGCCAGAUUAUGCUCAAAUACCCAGAUGCUGUGGGACCAGACCAGCUCAGAAAUCAGGGAGAUCUAUGGCGAGAAGUACCUGGCAUCCUAUCUGAAAAGGCUAAACAAAUUGGACAAGAGGUGCAACAAGGACCUGUCUGGGGUGACUGACUGCAUGGAGCAUGCUCUGACUGCCUGUCACCCUCGUACCCGAUACUCAGCUGGCUGGGAUGCUAAGCUCUUCUACCUCCCCUUGAGCUACCUGCCCACCUUUCUUGUGGAUGCCCUUCUCUACUGGACUUCCCUGAAGCCUGAAAAAGCCCUCUGAAGUAUUCACCUAUGUGCAUACCUGGGGAGAUGUAGGUAGAGUUUGAGAGAGAGAAUAUUUAGGGGAAAUUAGGAGAGUUGGGGGGGGAUUUUAUUACUCUGGGGUUCUAGUCAAUACACUUCAUCUUGUUAAUUCUCCUAUGACACUACUCAAGACUGAUGAUGACCAAAGAAAUAGGCAAAGAAUUCUGCCAAGGGAUUCAGUUACAAAAGAGCUGGCUGAUGCCCAGAUUAUGAGCAUCAUGGCUACCAUGAAGGUCCACACAGAUGAGGAGGCUGGGACAAGUUUGUGCCAAGCACUCUCCUGUGUCCUCCUCUGCAGGAAAUGUACAUGCCCUGGCUAGUUUAAACCCCUAUGCAAGAUGGAAUUAUCCCUGUUCUGAAAUCACCUCUGUCCAAGGUACUAGGUCUGAGGGAGUUACUAAUAAUGCCAGCACCCAUUCCCUGGUGUCAGGUUGCCAGGCUCUGGGUGGAAGGUUCAGUUCCUGGUGGUGAAACCUAGCAGAGUACGGAGACACCAAUUUUUCAUUUGUAUUGAAAUUAUGGGUUUCUUUCUUUUUCUUUUCUUUCCUUUUUUUUUGACACUUCUUAUUUUUAAAGGUAAUAUGAGGUGAUCUCUGUUGCUCUGCGUUUUGAAGUAUGGCUUUAUCCUUUAGUGAAGUUUGGAACACAGAGCUAAGGGGAAUGUCCUGAGAAGGAUUGGCACAGGCCAGCAGGCUUUCUUUGACUGUCUCAUCCCUUCCAGCUACCGAGGUGGGAACAACUGCUCUCCAUUCAAAACUUAAUAAUAACACAUAAGGCAGAAGACUGUGCAUGCAAGUCCAUGGACAGAAUUUACCUGUAGGCCUCAGUUUCACAAGUCUUUUUCCUGUAGAAUCACUAUGUGACCAUGUAGAGAGUAUCCUUCUCAACACUAGUCUUUCAUAUUGGACAUUUUUCAAAAGAAUAAGGGUCUUGAACUUCUCAUGGCCUCUGAGAGCUGGCUCUGCCUGCUGCUAGGUUGGUGAGGUUUAAGAGUAGGCUGUGCAGUGAAAUCAUGUGUGGAAGAGACAGAGAAUCCUGGGCUAAGUACAGACUUGCCCUGGGAAGGGGUUCCCAUAGAUGCCUGACUCCUCUUCUCUCAGUAGAAAUGUGGGGGAAGAGGGGACGCAGGAGAAACUUGUAAAUAUACAAUAAUUUCUGGAUUAAUGAAAAUAGAAAUUCCUCUACCCUAUCAGUUGCCUGGUCAUUCAUUUUACCUAUGUUAUUUUGAGUUUUUUAGGACCAUUGAGCAUAUGUGUGUUUACCUGUGUGUUCCAUGUGUGGGAGCACCUCAGAGAUGAGAAGAAAGAUGAGGGUUGCUGGUUACAAGAAACUUUUAGCUGGCUGCAGAGAUGGCUCAGCAGUUAAGGGCACUGACUGCUCUUCCAGAGCUCCUGAGUUCAAAUCCCAGCAACCACGUGGUGGCUCACAACCACCUGCAAUGGGUUUUGAUGCCCUCUUCUGGUGUCUGAAGAUAGCGACUGUGUACUCACAUAUAUAAAAUAAAUAAAUUUUUAAAAAGAAAAGAAAAGAAAAAUGGAAAGAAGCUUUCAGCCAUACAAUAUGGCUGUCAGGAAAUGAAUUUGGGUUAUACUGAACAGCAGGAAGCAUUCUUGAUUUUGGACUCAUUUCUUCAAACCAUGUACUGAUACUGCAUCUUGUUUCAUUUUAUUUUGAGAUGUCUCACUGCAUGGCAGGUUUACCAUGACCUUGUAAGCUCUAGCCUUACUGUCUUCAUCACUACAUAAAUCAUGCUGUAGUACAUCAACAGCAUCUCUGCAUGUUGUGCCCUGUGAGAAGGUCAGGAGGCUGGACCUUUCUCAGUAUACUCUGGAGCAUCGUGAUGGUUUCACAGGGGAAGGGGCAGCACCCAGGACAGAUCUACAGCCCCAAGUAUGGGUAGAGACUCAAGAACAUCAUGAUGAGACAGAACCAUGUGUAAUUAGCAGGAAGUACUCUGUAAGGUGAUCCCAGGAUGCCUGCAACAUUUCCCCUUUCCUCCUCACCCAGUUUUUUGUUGUUGUUCUUAGAAGCCAGUGUACUCAGAGGGACAUAGAAUGACUCAGGCUGGCACAAGAGGAUGUUUCACUCAAUCAUGCAUGAGAAUUGCACUGUACCCAACCAAGACCCAUCCCUCCAACCUGAGAUCUUCAACUAUUAGAAUACAAUAAAAUUCUGGUUAUUAGUUC